UGACAUUAGCCCACUGAUAGUCCCAAAUUGUUUUUUUCUCACUCCAAAACCCACACUCCUCCAUCGCCGCGCCCAGGUACUCUCAACGCCUCCGCCACAACCCUUUUCCGUUUUGCGCUUUCGAAACCUUAAUCGCCACCGAUUUUUCAACUCCGAUCACUUUGAUCGCCAGUAUUUGCAAAUUCGAGCAACACAAAUUUUUUUCUCUGGGUCAAAGUGUGUUAUAGCGGUCACUCUGAUCCUUAAAACCCUGAAAACCCUAAAUUAUCUCCGCCAUUGUCUCUCUUCCGAGCAACCCAUUGGACGGGAGCAGUACUACUCUCCGGCGGAGGUCUCUGCCGGUUGGCGGAGCGUGCUGCUUCCACUGCUGCUACCGCUGUAUCAGCGAGAUAGUCCCGCAGUAUCGGCAUGUCAGCUAUGGAAACUUUGGUCAGAAGCAAAUUAAAGAUCAAAGUGAAGUGUGCACGGAUCGGUUCAGAAAGGAUAUCAUGCCAGAAUGGGUCAAAGGCCGAUGUUCCUGUGUCGAAUGGCGAAGUUCCUGCCCUAAGUGGCUGCAACAAGCGCAAACAUGAUCUGACAAAUGAGGAUCGAAUGGAUAAGAGGCGAAAAAUGGAUCCUAUGGUCAAACGGCAGUGUAAUAGCAUUGUGGAUGUAUUGCUUGGUCAUCGACAUGGUUUUGCGUUCAAAUGUCCGGUGGAUCCUGUUCUUCUAAACAUUCCUGAUUACUUCUCCAUAAUCUCUCAUCCCAUGGAUUUGGGGACAGUCAAAUCUAAAUUGGCUGGAAAUUCUUACUUUACUGCUGAAGAGUUUGCAGCCGAUGUGAAGCUGACUUUUUCAAAUGCAAUGCUUUAUAAUCCUCCUGAUAAUUGUGUUCAUCACAUGGCAAAGGAACUGGAAUGCAUUUUUCUAAAAAGAUGGAAAUUGUUGGAAGCAAAAUGGAACCGUGAGAUGGAAAAUGCUCAGAAAGGGACCAUUUCUGGUGCUGUUGUUCCUGUGAAGAGCUGCUCGUCAAAUUCUGGUCCUUCUGGUCCUUCUGGUUUGCAUCAAAGAAGCACUGUUCAAAGCUCUACUCUAUCGUCCUCUGUGAAAAUCACUAAAGUUGGUGAAGAUUCUGGGAAGAUUUUGAACAAGAAGCCACAUUUGAAUUCUAGUUCUGUGGAGACACCAAGGAAAGCAUCAAUGUCAACGGAGGAGAAGGCGAAGCUGAAAAAAGACCUCAUGGAGAUAUUGGUAGGCAGGACGUCACAGAAGCUGCAAAGUUGGUUUAAGAAGUUGGGUAUUCAAAGUUGGAAGAAGGAAGUAAUUGCUCUGGAAUUUGAUAAAUUUCGAGAUGAUAUGCUGUGGCAGUUGAAGAGUGUGCUGCAAGAUGCCAAGGAAAAUGUAAGCAAGAUUUCAGCGACCACUGUAAUAGGUUCUGAUCAAAGUUCGCUUGGUUUGGCUGGUGAUAUAAAUGAAGCUAGCUCCCUCUCUAGGACAGAUCACUUGGUUCCUGUUCCAGUGACCACCUCUAGUGAGGGCCAGCCUCCUGCUGUGACUGACGAGGUGGAUUUAAAGAAGGCUUUACGUGCCGCAAUGUUAAAAAUGCGGUAUGCUGAAACUAUCUCCAAGGCCAAUAGUGGCAAAGCUGAUUCUGGAAAUGUGCAGCAAGAAAUAGAGAGAUUACAACGCGAGGAGGCAAACGUCAAAGCACUAAUGAGAAGCGAAGAGUUAAAGAAAGAAGAGCAGCGUAAGAAAGAAAGAAAAGCUGCUCGUGAUGGCUUGGAUAUGAUGGAGAAGACAGCGGAGUAUGAGGACAGUUUGUUGGUUUUCAGGGAACUUGAGAAGCUGUGCGGUUGUUACGUGUCUUAUGAAUCAGGUUUAAGGGUAGUGUUAAAAGACUGUUAUACUCGCAAGGUAAUAAAACCCCUAGAACUGCUUGGUUUGUGCCUGAAGGAUGACUUUGUUGCUGAUGACGACGAGGCAUCCAUGAAUUGUGAGAUGGAAGAAGGGGAGAUCUUAGAGUAGUAGGUCUUAAUGAAUUGCAAUGUGUAUAUGUAAAGUUUAAUACUAUAUAUCAGAGACAUCUUUGAACUUAGAAGCUGAGAGUUGUUGGCUUAACAUCUCUUGCAUUUUGUUUGUUUCCGAUUUUGUGCAAUUGUCUUCCACUCCAUCAGUCCAUCUUAUUAGGUGACUAAUAAUGAAGCUCUACGGACAUCAACAUGCACAACACUUUGGGGGAUACUUCUGUUGGAUUUCCCCAUAAACUGGGGAGGAAAUAGUCCUCCGAAAGCUGAAAGUUAAACCUUUGUUACUCCAUUGUACCAGAUCCAUUGUGUUGCCUUAUAACAAGGGCAGGAGGGAGUCGUAAUUUGGUGAGAUGAAAUAUGCAAGUAAAAUUUCUCAUGAAUUUAUUUA